AAAGUUUCUGUGUUGUUUUUGUUUCAGUUGUGUUGAAACGUUUGUCCUUCUUUCUCUUCAUAACUCAAAUCAAAUUGAAAACUACUGUAUGUUUCAACAGAACCCGUUUUAUGUACUAAAUUGAGAUUGGUAUUGUCGUUCGUUUUGAUGAGAACAAUUGUAUUUAAGUUGAGUUCCCUUUUAGGGUUAUUGGCUUCUGCAAAUUUAGACAACUUUAUAUCUAUUCCUCUUCUCUCGCCGACUUUCUUUCUCCACUCUCACUCUCUUCUCUUCUCUUCUCUUCUUCAUUUCUCGUCUCCUCAAUCUGAAUAGAUCUUGAUUCUAUCAAAAUCUUCUCAUCGGCUUACGUACACAAGCUCACAUCAUCUUCCAGGUCUUAACUCUUGAUUUAUCUCAAUGAACUCGAAAAAGAUUGAUUUUGGUUCCAACGAUUUGAUCAGCAGUCUACCAGACGCUCUUGUUUGCCACAUUUUGUCCUUCCUCUCCACAAAAGAUGCUGCUUUGACUUCAGCUCUCUCGAAAAGGUGGAGGAAUCUGUUGGCUUUUGUACCAAUUCUAGAUUUGGAUAACUCCAUCUAUGAUUAUCCUAAAAUGGGUAGACGGAAAAGGCUACAGAUGCGUACAAGUUUUAAGGUUUUUGUGGAUAGAGUUAUGGCUUUGCAAGGGAAUGCUACGUUAGAAAAAUUCUCUUUAAGGUGUAGAACUGGUCGGGAUCCAUCUCGUGUCAAUAGCUGGAUACUCAAGGUGUUGGAGCGUGGUGUCAUAGAUCUUGAUUUGUACAUCUUUAAGGCUUUAAAUUAUCUGCUGCCUCCAAAGGUCUUGAUGGUCAAGACAUUGGUUAGGCUGAAAGUAGAAGGUGCAGGUGAUCUCACCAUUGACGUGGAAGAAUUUUUUCUUCCAAAGCUCAAGACUUUGCAUUUUCUUGAUGUUACGUUCGAAAAGAGUGGCGCUGCGUUUGCUAAGCUGAUUUCUGGUUGUCAUUUGCUUGAGGAGUUAGUUAUGGUUGAGGUGAGGUGGAAACUUUGGGAACGUUGCUCUGUGUUUAACCCAACGACAAUUGAUUAUCACCACAGCCGAUUUGAUGAGAAUCCAAACAGUAUUUCAUUUGAUACUCCCAAUCUCUAUUUAAUGUAUACUGAUGCUGUUGCGGUCAAGUAUCCAGAAGUGAAACUUGAUUCUCUUGUUGAAGCUAGCCUCCGUCUUGGAAAGAAACGUCGUAAGAUCGAAAAUGCGGCAGAUUUUCUUACAGGAAUUAGCAAUGUUAAGAUCCUUUACCUAUCAUUUGAGACUCUUAAGGUACUUAAUUAUCGCUGUAACAAAAUACCAGUCUUCAACAACCUGAUGCAUUUAACUAUUGAGACCCACCAAGAUGAUAGAUGGGAAUCAUUGCUGGAUAUUCUCGAGAAUUCUGCAAAUCUUGAAACCCUCACUUUCGAAGGACUCCAUUACAAAGAUACAAAUAAUUGUCAAAUUGAGGAAUUCAGUUGCAGAGAUACAAACAAAUGCUGGGACUAUAAUGGCUGUUGUAUUUGCAAACCUUGGGAAGGCACUCCUAUUUGCAUAUCAUCAAGUCCGGUGAAGAUGCUUGAAGUAUUCAAGUUUGGGGAAAUCCCUUACGCAGAUGACUUUGAGAAGCAGACGGAGAUGAUCAAGUACUUCUUGGAGACAAUGCCGAAUCUUGAACAAGUGAUAUUAUACUACGAUACUCCAUUUGAUGUCGAUCUGAAAAUAGUAUCAACUCAAUUUCAGAUGCUUGAAAAAGUAGCCUCACCCAAAUGCAAUAUCCAAGUAAUCUCUGAUAACAUCAGCUUCUCAACUAUUGUGCACUCUUCCUCAUCGAGAAGAAGUGGUGGACUCGUCUUCUUCAAAAACACCUUCCCGGUUUGAAGACCAUCCUGCAUCAUCUCAGAGCCGAUUAGCAAAACCUUGGUUGUUAGUUUUAGCCUUUAGCUUGAACAACACUAGCAGAUAUGUAGUUUAGUCUCUGUUCUGUCACCUACCUCUUUUACCAAUUUGGAAGCCAUUGGAUUUGCUGCAAGUUUUUUGUAAAAAUAGUUUGCAUUUUAAACUCUAA